CGUUGAAAAUUUCCCUAUCGAGCAAAAAAAUAUUCAACGUGAACGAAGAAGAUUGAAGAAGCUCUCAGCGUCUUCUCUCCUUCUCCACCAUCCCGCCUGCUUUGGUCCUUCAGAUCAGAAAUCUCAAUCCGAUUUCGGAGCUAAAGUUCGAACAUUCCUCGUGGGUUUCUUCCCUCUGUUUCUGGCGCUAGAUCCAUGACCGCUCUAGUCAAAAGAUUUGCUAGCAGAAACGGAUGCAGCAAUGACGGAAACGAACAAUCUGAGACGGUAGAGAAAGAAUCUUUAAUCAAUGGCUCGUCGGAGCUCCGGAACGAGUUGGUAUCCGGCUGUGAAAUUGAAGCCAUCGUUAAUCGUCUGGUUAGUAAUGAGCAAAUGGGUAGUCUCUGCUCUGUUUGCUUCCAUCAUUCUUCUGCGACAUGAUGGUACAGCUUUGUGGGCAAUCAUUGGAUCCGUUUCGAAUUCGGCUCUCUCCGUACUUCUCAAACGUAUACUUAACCAAGAGAGGCCUGCUACGACUCUGCGAACUGAUCCUGGGAUGCCUUCUUCUCACGCCCAAUCCAUUUCUUUCAUAUCUGUCUUUGCUGUUUUGUCCGUUAUGGAAUGGCUUGGAACCAAUAAAGUCUCUUUGUGCCUUAGCAGCUUCAUCCUCGCAUUGUGUUCAUACUUUAUACGGUUAAGAGUUUCUCAGAAAUUACACACAAGCAGUCAAGUGGUGGUUGGUGCAAUCGUGGGUUCUGUUUUCUGCAUCUUAUGGUACAAAACGUGGAACUCGCUUCUCAUUGAAGCCUUCGAAUCGUCUCUAUGGGUCCAAAUAUUUGUGUUUCUGGUUGCAGCUACUUUUGCGCUAGCUUUUGCAGUUUACGUUGUACUUAACUGGUUCAGAGACGAUAGAUGAGCCAAAAACCCCUUUAUAUUUGUAAGCAAAAAAAAUAUAUUGUAACCCACAAUUUCUUUCAAAAAUUCAAUUUCC